UCCGAUAUAUAUUAUGUUUUUGUCACGACUGCGCAAACGGAAAUAAUCUACUCUCAUUUUGACAAUAUUCAAUGUAUUUCAUUUAACACAUACAAAUUCUAUAGGGUGCUAUUGUUGGGUGAUAUCAAAUGCAAUCAGUCAGGAUAAAAUAUAUAUAUAUAUUUUUACUAUGAGUCAAGAAGAGAGGUAAAUAGUGCAAGGGAAUAGUCAGACUGAGUCGGCGCCGAUCGAUUCUAUGCCGAAAAAAUAAAAAAAAGUAGAAGAAGGUUUGAACGCUCGGUCAUCGAUUUGACACAACUAGCUCUAAAGGGAUUGUGAAAAAAUAAAAAAAUAAAAAUACCGAGGUCGAGUAGUAAGAAACAUCAAAAUUAUAGUGAAAAUAAUUGUUUCAUCAAAAAAAAAAAAUACAUUUUUACUAUUAUUUUAAUCAUUACUAUCACCAAAUUAAAUUAAAUAAAAAUAAUAUUUUAAAUUAAAGCUAUUAAAAAUUAAAAAGUUCAAAUUAAUAUAAAGACGAUGACAUAAAAAUAAAAAUAAUCAUAGCAGUAGUGACGUAAUAAGAAAUAUUAAAAUUAUAAAAAUAAUAUAUAAUGCAAACUUACGGAAAUGAAGAGUAUAAUUAUGGUGGAGCUGAUUCAUCAAUGGUUCCACCUGGAGGAGGAGGAGCAGGAGGAGGAAGAAAUUUACCACAAGUACCUGGUGCAAGACCAAUGGUUGAUCCAUCAGCUCAGGGUGAAGUUGAUCCAAAUAUUUAUGGAGCACCAAAAGAAGCAACCCAUAAAAUAAGAGGAAAAAAUGAUAUUAUUGAAUAUUUAUUUGGCAAUGUUGAUCAUGAUUUACUUACUGUAAAAACAUUUUAUUUUUUUUUUUAUUCUGCAUUUGGUUCAUUAUUUCCAUUGAUGGGUGUUUAUUUUAAACAAAUGGGUAUGAAUGCUGGUCAAUGUGGCCUACUUAUUGGCUUAAGACCAUUCGUUGAAUUUCUUAGUGCACCAUUUUGGGGCUCAUUGGCUGACAGAGGACCAAAAACAUUUUACAGAUGGCAAAAAGGCAAGCUGAUUCUACUGGCGUCAUUGUCGUGUUGGAUUAUUUUCACUCUACCAUUGGGAUUCUUUCAACCACCUGGAGCAAAAUGCAUGGUUUGGAGAAAUAAUAGUUACUGGCUUGAUGAUGCUGGUCAACCAGUUACUCGUAUCAAACGAUCAAUCGAUAAUAAUCAAUUUUAUGAGGCAAUCAAUGAUGAAGAUGAUGGUGAUCUUGAGGUUGCUGCCAAUGUUGUUUUUGAACGGAUGAGACGAAGCACUGAUGACGAUGAUGUUAAUGAUGAUUUUGAUGACAACAGUCACAUCUACAACAAACAUGAAAAUAAAAUUUUUAGAAUACAAAGAAGCAACAGGAUACAACGACAAACACAACAAAAUUCUGAUGGUGUUGAUGAUCUUAGUAGUAAACAAAAUAAUGAUCAAACUGAUUCUAGUGCCAAGGAUAUUGAUUUUAGAAGUAUUGCCAAGUCAAAUAGACCAGCUGAUGUAUUGGAAUAUAAACGUUUUUUAAAAAAUGAACCACUUGAUGAAACAAGACCACCAAAAAAAGCUUAUUCUUAUACAAAAGUACGUUCAAAACCAGUUAAAACAAAAAUAAUGGUUGAAAGAUCAAUUGAUGAAUUUGAAAUUGAAGAAACAGAAGUAUAUGAAGGUAAAAAAGGAACAAGAAAAUUAAUGUUUUUAUCAUCAAAAGAAAAUAAUGAAUUACAAGAGAUAAUGGAAAAUAUUAAUGAAGAGGAAGCAAACGUACCACUUGUUAGACAACGCAGAAGUAUGAGAGCAUAUCGUACAUCUGGUGGUAUGAGUCCAAUGUCCGUUUCCUUUGCUGCAAAUUACGAUCCAGUUAAACACAGUGGACUUGUCAAGCCACGUUAUAGUACAGUUGUUUAUCGAUUAUCUGAUAUACAAAAAACAUUUUUCCUAUUAUUUUUAUUGGUUAUUGUUGGUGAAUUUUUUGCAGCACCAGCAAUUACACUUGCUGAUUCAGCAGUUAUAACACUUUUAGGAGAAGAUGCUGAUAGAUAUGGAAAUCAGAGAAUGUUUGGAAGUUUAGGAUGGGGUUUAGCUAUGUUUAUUGUUGGUAUUGUUCUUGAUCAUAGUACAUCAUUUCCAGAAUCAAGAUGUGAACCUGAUCCAAAAGAAAAAAAUUAUAGUGUUUGUUUUUCAAUAUUCAGUGUACUUAUGGGUGCUGCAUUAAUAACAGCAACACAAAUUAAUUUUAAAUAUGAUUUUAAUCCACCUGAAACUGUUACUAUUAAACCACAAGCUGAACAAACACGUGAAGAACAAUUACAAAGUCAAUUAUCACAGCAAUUACAUCUUCCAGGACUUCAAGAUUCUUCAGGUGAAAUACCAAAGUCUCAACCAACCGAGGAUAAAACAAAAAUGUUUGCCCAAACAAUGAGAGAAAUACCAGAAUGGGUUACUGUACUUAAACAAUUUAAAGAUUUAAAAUGCAUAUCAUUUUUGUUUGUUGCUUGGUUUAUGGGUUUUGGAAUUGGUUUAAUAUUUACAUUUCUUUUUUGGCAUCUUCAGGAUUACGAUGGUUCACCAACACUAUUUGGUGUUGCAUCAGUUAUAAAUCAUAUAUCAGAAAUAUUUGCAUAUUUUUUUAGUUUUAAAUUAAUAAGACAAAUGGGACAUGUUAAAGUACUUUGUCUUGGUUUAGGUGGAAAUAUUAUACGUUUUCUUUAUAUAUCAUAUUUAACAAAUCCAUGGUUUGUGCUUCCAUUUGAAUUAAUACAGGGUAUUACACAUGCUGCUGUAUGGGCAGCAUGUUGUAGUUAUAUUGCUCAUAAUACACCACCUCAACUACGUUCAAGUGCACAAGGAGUACUUCAAGGUUUACAUCAUGGUCUUGGUAGAGGAUGUGGUGCAGUUAUUGGUGGAAUGUUUGUUGCAAGUUAUGGAAGUACUGCAACAUUCCGAGCAUAUGGCCUUCUUUGUGCAGUUGUAUUGGCUGCAUUUAUAUUUAUUAAUUUCUACAGAAAAGAUGAAGGAUUUGUUGCUGACUUACCACAAACAGAGGAUCCACAUCAAGUUGCUGAAGCAACACAUCUUGCACCACAUGGUGUACCAAGUAAUGCUAUACCUCGAGCAUUAAGUUCAAGUAGACUUCAUGAAAUGGCACAAGAGCCAAGUUAUGGUGCAACAUAUCAAACAGCUGGUGGUAAUCUUGGUGUUCCUGGUGGCAAUCAAGGAGGAGGAAAUCCAACAAAUCCAUUUUUGAAUAGCAGUGGUGGCGGUGGUGGCGGAACUGGAGGCUACAAUUACGGUAUGACCGGUAAAGGAGAGGACGAGUUCAUUCGUAGGAGCUUCCAGGUUUACAGUGAAGUUGUAGGAAGUGAAUUUGAGAUAAUAAAACCCCCACCAGUGGUAACUCAUCUACAUGCCCAACAGCCAUGUACCAAUCCAUUUCAUCAGCACGAUUACGACUGGUAAUGACAACAGCGCCUAAGCACUUGAAAUUAAAUUACUUUUCUUUUGUUUUUUUUUUUUUUUUCCUUUCAUUGUCACUAUCAGUAUUGAACAUCGACCUUGAAUAUUACGUUGAUAUAAAAUUAUACAAAAAAUAAUUAAGAAUAAAAAAAAACAACCUCAUUUAUCAUUGUUCUGAUGCUUGGUGGCAUCUUCAUAUCAGUAAGGUUACAUUAUAGAUACGUAAGUACUCGAGCAGGACAAAAAAAAUCUGAAAAAAAAAGAAAAAAAACAUUCAAUUAAAUUGAGUCCAUCUAGAAACAAAUCUAUCGAAGCAUAGCCAUCCGUUGAAUUAUUUACAAUAAUAA